AUGAAGGCAAUUUUUCACAAGGUUUACUGGCAACAAUCGCAGAGGAAUGGCAAAUACAAUUUAAUGUUAUUAAUCGCGUUACUAUCCACCAACAUUGCGAGCCACUAUUGUCCAAAUUCCGUGUUAGGCGAAAGAUUUGAAAGCAACCUGAACGUCGGUGAUCCUGGGCCGAAUUCAUCUAGAGGUACGAUACCGCGGAAUGAAUCACGACAGGCAGGCAAGCGACGGAGGAGGUCUCUCCAAGAAAAAAUAGAUGCAAUUAACAGAGUACGUAAUGGAAAAUCGAAGGCUGCUGUGGCACGCGAUAUUGGUGUGCCAGAGUCAACUCUGAGAGGAUGGUGUAAGGCGGAAAAAAAAAUAAUUUGUCAAAAUAAUAAAAUACAAAUCUCGAGAAUAGUGUCAGGAGUACAGCUUGAGCUAUACAAACAGUAUAUUCUGAGAUCGAGUUCUGAUAGUAACAAUAGUGGAGCGGGUGGUUCUUCAUCAAGAUCGACACCAACGACCCAAGCCACGAUGUUGGGAUUACCAUCGACUUCUGGAGUUACCAAGAGAGCUGAGGAGUUUGAGGCCGGUCCGUCCUACAAAAGAAUAAAACUCGAGAAUAGGAACAACAACACGGUGAGCAAUAUAACGACGUUAGCGCUGAAUAUGCAACAGCAAUGGCAACAAACUAACAACACGCAACUUAACUGGAAUAAAAAGAAACAUAGUGCCCCAGGACUCACGUCAACCAUGGACAUCCCGAAACCAUCAUUGAGGACACAGAACAAUCAAUCAUCGAAUACGGAAAAAUCGUCCGAGACCGGGAGCGUCUCUCACUGA